GCCUCCACCGGGUGGGAGCCGAGGGGCGAGGGCGGGGACGAGCGGCGAGCGGAGAGGGCGAGAAGGGGCGGGGAGGCGGGGGCCCGAACAUGGCGGACCAGAUCCCUCUGUACCCGGUGCGCAGCGCGGCCGUGGCGGCCGUGGCCAACCGCAAACGCGCGGCCUACUACAGUGCGGCGGGGCCCGGGCCGGGGGCCGAGCGACCCAGCAGGUACCGGCUGGAGGACGAGUCCGCGCACCUGGACGAGAUGCCGCUCAUGAUGUCGGAGGAGGGCGUGGAGAACGAGGAGAGCGACUACCACACGCUGCCCCGGGCCCGGGCGGCGCGGCGAGGACGCGGGCUGCGGGGGCUGCCGCGGCGGCUCUGCGGGGGCUGGGCGUCCCUGUGCACCAGCUGCUGCGACUGGCUGGUGAACGUCUGCCGGAGACAGAGGGAGCUGAGGGCACGCACCGUGUGGCUCGGGCGCCCCGAGAAGAGCGAAGAGAAGCACCCCGGAAACUCCAUCAGAAACCAGAAGUACAACGUCUUCACCUUCAUCCCCGGGGUUUUGUACGAGCAGUUCAAGUUCUUCCUGAACCUCUACUUCCUGCUCGUCUCCUGCUCCCAGUUUGUGCCGGCGCUGAAGAUAGGCUACCUCUACACCUACUGGGCCCCUCUGGGGUUUGUCCUGGCCGUCACGAUCACCAGGGAAGCAGUCGACGAGUUCCGGCGCUUCCGGCGGGACAAGGAGGUGAACGCGCAGCUGUACAGCAAGCUCACCGUGCGAGAAGACGUCUGCACGGUGGGUUGCGUGUUUGAAGGAAUCCCGCCCGGAGCAGGUCUUUUCAUACUUGAUUGGGAUGCGUUUCAUGGAGCCGUGCAGUCCACGGUUUUCGGCGCAUUGACAGAGAAUCAAAGAAUUCCAUCGGACAUGGUAUUUCUUAGGACCUCAGAAAAAGCAGGCUCGUGUUUCAUAAGAACGGAUCAACUGGACGGCGAAACCGACUGGAAGCUGAGAGUGGCUGUGAGCUGCACGCAGAGGCUGCCGGCCCUGGGGGACCUCUUCUCCAUCCGCGCGUACGUCCACGCCCAGAAGCCGCAGCUGGACAUCCACGGCUUCGAAGGCACGUUUACCAGGGAGGACAGUGACCCGCCGGUUCACGAAAGCCUCAGCAUAGAGAACACCUUGUGGGCCAGCACCGUGGUGGCCUCAGGUACUGUGAUAGGUGUUGUCAUUUAUACUGGGAGAGAGACUCGGAGUGUCAUGAACACAUCCAACCCAAAAAAUAAGGUGGGUUUGUUGGACAUUGAGCUCAAUCAGCUGACCAAAGCACUGUUUCUGGCUCUGGUUGCCCUCUCGGUUGUCAUGGUAACCUUACAAGGCUUUGCUGGGCCGUGGUAUCGCAAUCUUUUUCGGUUCCUCCUCCUCUUCUCCUACAUCAUCCCCAUAAGUUUGCGUGUGAACUUGGACAUGGGCAAAGCAGCGUACGGGUGGAUGAUGAUGCGGGACGAGCACAUUCCCGGCACUGUCGUCCGGACCAGCACCAUUCCGGAGGAGCUGGGCCGCCUGGUGUACCUGCUGACGGAUAAGACAGGCACCCUCACCCAGAACGAGAUGGUGUUCAAGCGGCUGCACCUGGGCACCGUGUCCUAUGGGACAGACACGAUGGACGAGGUCCAGAGCCACGUCAGGAGUGCCUACGCACAGCUGCACUCCCAAGCUGGCGGGAACGGUGCCAGUUCGACGCCACCGAGAAAAGCCCAGCCCCCAGGCCCCCGAGUCAGAAAGAGUGUGAGCAGCCGCGUCUACGAAGUGGUGAGAGCCAUCGCCCUGUGCCACAACGUGACGCCCGUGUACGAGUCUGGGGCUGGCGUGACGGGGGAGACCGAGCACGCGGAGGCGGACCAGGACCUCAGCGACGAGAACCGCACCUACCAGGCCUCCAGCCCCGACGAGGUGGCCCUGGUGCAGUGGACGGAGAGCGUCGGCCUCACGCUGGUCAGCAGAGACCUCAUGUCCAUGCAGCUGCGGACACCCGGCGGCCAGAUCCUGACCUACCGCGUCCUGCAGAUGUUCCCCUUCACCUCGGAGAGCAAGCGCAUGGGCAUCAUCGUCCGGGACGAGUCCACGGCGGAGAUCACCUUCUACAUGAAAGGGGCCGACGCCGUCAUGGCCGCCGUCGUCCAGUACAACGACUGGCUGGAGGAGGAGUGCGGGAACAUGGCCCGCGAGGGCCUGCGCACCCUCGUGGUUGCGAAGAGGGCGCUCACCGAGGAGCAGUACCAGGACUUCGAGAGCCGCUACGCGCAGGCCAAGCUGAGCGUGCACGACCGGGCGCUGAAGGUGGCCGCGGCGGUGGAGAGCCUGGAGCGGGAGAUGCAGCUGCUGGGCCUGACGGGCGUGGAGGACCGGCUGCAGGCGGACGUGCGGCCCACGCUGGAGCUGCUGCGCAACGCGGGCAUCAAGAUAUGGAUGCUGACGGGCGACAAGCUGGAGACGGCCACCUGCAUUGCCAAGAGCUCGCACCUGGUGUCCAGGACGCAGGACGUCCACGUCUUCAGGCCCGUGGCCAGCCGCGGGGAGGCCCACCUGGAGCUGAACGCCUUCCGGAGGAAGCACGACUGCGCGCUGGUCCUGUCUGGGGACUCCCUGGAGGUGUGCCUGCGGUACUACGAGCACGAGCUCGUGGAGCUGGCCUGCCAGUGCCCCGCCGUGGUCUGCUGCCGCUGCUCGCCCACGCAGAAGGCCUGCAUCGUGAGGCUGCUGCAGCAGCACACACGCAGGCGCACCUGCGCCAUCGGUGACGGAGGAAACGACGUGAGCAUGAUCCAGGCCGCAGACUGCGGGAUCGGGAUCGAAGGGAAGGAGGGGAAGGCGGCCUCGCUGGCGGCGGACUUCUCCAUCACGCAGUUCCGGCACAUCGGCCGGCUGCUCAUGGUGCACGGGCGGAGCAGCUACAAGCGGUCUGCGGCGCUCGGCCAGUUCGUCAUGCACCGGGGCCUCAUCAUCUCCACCAUGCAGGCCGUGUUCUCCUCCGUCUGCUACUUCGCGUCCGUGCCCCUGUACCAGGGGUUCCUCAUGGUCGGCUACGCCACCAUCUACACCAUGUUCCCCGUGUUCUCGCUGGUGCUGGACCAGGACGUGAAGCCGGACAUGGCCAUGCUGUACCCGGAGCUCUACAAGGACCUCACCAAGGGCAGAUCCUUGUCCUUCAAGACCUUCCUCGUCUGGGUGGUGAUCAGCAUUUACCAAGGCGGCAUCCUCAUGUACGGCGCCCUGGUGCUCUUCGAGUCGGAGUUCGUGCACGUCGUGGCCAUCUCGUUCACGGCCCUGGUCCUCACCGAGCUGCUGAUGGUGGCGCUGACCGUGCGCACGUGGCACUGGCUGAUGGUGGUGGCCGAGCUGCUCAGCCUGGGCUGCUACGUGGCCUCACUCGCCUUCCUGAACGAGUAUUUCGACGUGGCCUUCAUCACCACGGUGGCCUUCGUGUGGAAGGUGUCGGCCGUCACCGUGGUCAGCUGCCUCCCGCUCUACGUCCUCAAGUACUUGAAGCGCAAGCUCUCCCCGCCCAGCUACUCCAAGCUGACGUCCUAGCUCCGGCCCGGCGGCACCCUGGGUCCCCUGUGUGGGUCCCCCCGGAGGGACCGCCGUGCGGCGGCCCCUGGGACAGGAGGGCGAGCGCACGGAGCCCGAGGCGCGGACACCGCCACGGGCGCGCCCCCCGUGCAGGGCGGUGGCCCCGGUCCCUCCUCUAUUUUCUGAGAUUCCAUUUUCACGUUGGACCAGCUCCCGUCUCUGUAAAGCACUCCCCUCGCCCUGGGUCCUGAGGUCGAACCCAGAGCUCGUCUGACGCUCUGCAGCUUCCCAGCACGCACGGGCCGCCUCCUCGGCGGCGGCGGCAACGUGGGAGGUCCUCCCGGCCCGGCCAAUAAAGCCCAGGCUCUGAGGCGGC